AUUCAUACCAUUGUCCAGAGGUGUCAUGUCAGUAUCAUCAAUCAUAUUGAUCAUUCAUGGAUAUGGGUGGAUAGAUGGGGCAACUUGUCGUUGCCAGUCCAGUCAGUCUGUCAGUACGGCAGAGCAGAGCACAGAACAGAACGUAACUCCAGAUCCAGAUCCAAUGCAAUGAAAUGAAAUGAUUCGCCUCGCUGGCCUGCUAUGGUAUGUACAUUGUUGUCUUAUUGUGGCCCAAAUCCGGUGAGAAACCUGUUGGGCCUAGCUAGCUGCACUGCGAUUAAUUAAUUAGGCGUGUCGCGACUAUCUUCCCCCUUAGACAGAAAAGCGUGCAUACUUUUGCACUGCACCUUCGGUUAAAUUCGAGACAAGACGCACGCCACACAACAACACAAGGAAAGGAAAGGAAUAGAAAAAGAAAAGGAAAGAAAGCAAGGGUAGAAACGUAAUUCCACCACCACGGCACUGCCACUCCAGUCCUCCUUCCUAAAAUCUAUAAUCUGAUUCUGAUCUGAUCUGGACUUCGCUUCCGCUUUGCUUUUGCUAUGACUGCUGCUUCCCUUCCCUUCCGCGAUCUUCUUCACUGCCACCCUUCAAAGUUUAUCCGUUCCACCAUCAAUAGGUUCUUCCUUUUUCUUUCUAUCUCCUCUAUUUAGGCGUAAUCCAAACGGAAUUGUUUCGAUUGAAAAUUAUAUGGCUAUGUUGUUGGAAGAUACUGUCAAGUCCCUGGAUCUUCUUUUGAGGCUCAUCCGAAAACAGAGUCAGGAACAGUCAUAUGUCGACCCCACUCUCGACCCAGUUCUCCUUGUGCCUGGCAUCGCCGGUUCCAUUCUCAACGCUGUCGACGACAAGACUGGGAAAAAGGAAAGAGUUUGGGUGCGGAUUCUUGGGGCCGAUCACGAGUUCCGGGACAAACUUUGGUGUCGUUUUGAUCCUGCAUCAGGCACGACAGUGUCCUUAGACACUGACACACAUAUUGAGGUUCCCCAAGACAAAUAUGGCUUACAUGCUAUUGAUGUGUUGGACCCUGACAUGGUUCUUGGUGGUGAUUGUGUGUAUUACUUUCAUGACAUGAUAGUUGAAUUGCUGAAAUGGGGCUACCAAGAGGGAAGGACACUCUUUGGGUUUGGAUAUGAUUUUCGUCAAAGCAAUCGACUUAAGGGUACAAUGGAGUGCCUGGCAUCAAAGCUUGAGGCUGUGUAUACGGCAUCUGGGGGAAGACAAUUAAACAUAAUAAGUCAUUCAAUGGGUGGUCUUCUCAUAAAAUGUUUUAUGAGCUUGCAUGCUGAUAUCUUUGAGAAGUAUGUGAAAAAUUGGAUUGCAAUAGCUGCACCAUUUCGAGGUGCACCUGGAUACAUAACAUCCACAUUAUUGAAUGGAACAUCGUUUGUUGAGGGAUGGGAAGGGAAUUUUUUCAUUUCAAAGUGGAGCAUGCACCAACUGCUUAUUGAGUGCCCUUCAAUAUAUGAAUUGAUGGCUUGCUUAGACUUUCAAUGGGAACACAUUCCACGCCUUGAAAUCUGGAGACAGAACUCUGAUAGUGAUGGAAAUUCCACAGUAAUGCUAGAGUCUUAUCCUCCAGCUAAAGCAGUACCUGUUUUCAUGGAAGCUCUUUCUGUCAAUAAGGUUACUUACAGUGGUGUUGAUAUUUCUUUACCAUUCAAUACAGAUAUUCUACAAUGGGCUAAUGAGACCCGCAAAGUGUUGAGCAAUGCUGCAGUCCCCAGUCAAAUUAAAUUCUAUAAUAUAUACGGCACAGAUUAUAGAACACCUCACAGUGUUUGUUAUGGAAGUGAAGAUGCACCUGUCUCUGAUUUGAAACAAUUGCCUAAGCUCGAGGCCAAGUACAUCUAUGUGGAUGGUGAUGGCACCGUGCCAACUGAAUCUUCUAAGGCUGAUGGGCUUCGUGCAGAAGCAAGAGUUGGAGUGCCUGGUGACCAUCGGGGAAUUCUGUGCGAUCGUCAUGUAUUCAGGAUUCUAAAGCAUUGGUUGAGGGCAGAUCAUGAUCCUUUCUACAAUCCCAUGAAUGAUUACGUGAUUCUGCCCACGGCCUUUGACCUUGGAAUAGUUGAGACAAAGGAACCGGAAGUAACUUCUCUGAGAGAAGAGUGGCAAAUUAUUGGGGACGACCAAGAUCUGAGUGGAGGAGUAGAUAUGGCAGAGGCAGAGGGAAUAGUUGCCACAGUGACUGGUACAUGGGGUGAUAAAUCUUCGCAGGAAGGAGUCGUUGCCACUGUUGGUGUUAAGCCUCAGAAUGAUGGUAAAAAACAUGUCAAGCUCAUCACUCGGCCAGUUUCUGCAAGUGCAUAGGAGGGGAUGGAUGGAUGAUCCUGAUCCUGUUCAAAUGGGCGUCUGCAAAUCAUUCAGGAAAGGAGUCAUGCUUGAUAAUGCCAACCUCUAUCCGGUAUACACAUAGCAGUGAUCUACAUAAAACAAUCAAACAUUCAACUUUCUUGUAUAUAUUAGUAUUUCUACUAUCCAUCCAACCCAAUCCAACGCUGUAAAUGCUACACCACUGUUGGAUGGAGUCAUGUAUUAAUUAAUUGUUAAUAAAAUCUACAUAUCCUCUGUACGCAGCUGCUUAUGAUGUAUGAAAAAACAGGUUGGUAUGUAUGUGGCUCUUCUUUUUCGCAA